AUGUUCAGUGAUAAUUCUUUACUUAGUGGAAAAAUAAGUCAAUUGGAUACCUCUGAUUCAGUUGGAACUGUCCCACAACAUGGGUAUCAACUAUCAGUAACAGAGGAAUUGAGUAAAGAAGGUAAUCCAAUGGAUUCAAGUAUAUUUAGAAGUGACAAAAGUAUUCCGGAAGAAAGUGAGACAAUGACAAUUAAGAAAAUGGGUGAAGUUUAUUCAGAUAGUUUAGAAAAUUCGGAAUUAACAGGUAUUUCUCCCACUUCAUAUAAAAUAGGUAAUGAAUUAUCUAAUAAGUUUACAGGAUUAUUAAAUCAAAAACCAGAAGAUAUAUUAAGUAAAUCAGCUAGUUUAUCAUCGAAUUUUAUUGGAAUACAGACAUUAAAUUCAAAUCAAGGUCCCAGUUCAUCAUACAAUAGUUUACAAGAUAAUACACCUGAAAUAUCUGCUUCACAAAUUACACAGGCUCCAGUUCAAUUAAUGCCAUCAAUGAGAAAAUUUUCAGAUGUUUCAGAUCCUUCUAUAAUUCCAUUUACUCCAGUAGAUUCAGAAAAUGAUGUGUCAAGUCUUAUAGAUGGUAGUGUUAACCCAGAAGAUUCUUCAGAGUUACUAGAUAAAUCUAUAAAUUUGGAGAAUUCUAUGUUAGAAGCAUCACCUUCUAUUAUUCCUGAAAUAGAUGAAUCUAUUCCAAGAACAGAUGUUACUUUACAUAGUUCACUGUAUGGUAUGACAGCUUUAUCUGGUGAUCCUCCUGAUAUUCCUGAGGAACUAUUGUUAAUAGAAAUAAAUAUUAAUGAGGCUCUUUUUAGCUCUGGUUUACCUAUUUCAAGUGCAGAUAUAACUUUGUUUACUAAUAGAGUGAUUGCACAAUAUCCAGAUGUUAAUUUAAAGUCCUUUGCUACUAAGAUAGCUCGAAGUAAUUUCUUUGAGAAUAUUCCAAACAAUCCUAAUUAUUUUUUUAAUAUUUUGGAAUGUAUUUAUCAGCUUGAGAAUAUUUUAUUUCAAACAAGAUUUGUGUUGAAUCCUUUAUAUAUAGUAGACAUUAUAAAUGGAUGUAAUUCUAUUCGAAAUAUUCUUAAUAUUGUGGAUAGUAGAUCUGUUGCUAGUAGUGCAAUAAAAUUGGGAAUCAGAUAUCUUACAUUACGCUUAUAUAAUAUAUCACAAAAGGAUAUUAUAGACAUUUUGAAUGAAGUACAACCUCUUCCUGGUUAUUUAGAUCAGAAAGUUUUUUCUGAAAUUGAAAAGGCAAUUAUAAAUGAUUUUGAAAAAAAAUCACAAAGUGUACCAUUCCUAUUUAGUUAUUGGAGAUUAAUUUUAAUUGAACAACUUAAGCUUAUACAUCUGGAACCUCAAAUACAUUUUGAACAAUUGUCAAAUAAUUCCUUAGGUUUAUUUGAUAUUUUACUCGAAGCUUUGUAUAUAGAUCCAAUGAGAAUGUGCCCUUAUGUAGUUGCAAUUAUAGUAUACCAUUUACAACCUUUCCCUCAUCAGGAGAUACGUUUAGCAAUUUCAAAAAUUCAGACUAUUUGUCUAGCAUUACUCAAGGAUGUAGGAUAUGCAGAAGGAGCUAUAUUAAAUUCUUUAAUUAAACCAACAAGUGAAGGUUUUGAAUUUUUGGAUAUUCAUAUAAGUGGGCUGCAUUCUGGUUAUGCAUCUUUAAUAUAUUUUCAUCCUAGUUUCCCCAGAUCUCCUCAGGAUUUUUCAUGGGAAUUAUGUUAUAAGAUAUUUACUUCAAUUUCUAUGGUAUUAUAUAGUGAUAAUACAAAGGUAAUUUCUUUAUCACAAAUUUGUACAGCAAUUACAAAUAUGCAGCCAUCUAAACUUGUAAGAGAACGUCUUAUGAGCAUUAUUAAUGUGCCAAAGCAGAUAAUGAAUAAGAUCAUUAAUAUUCAAGAUGAAUCAGAAUUUUUAAAAGUAUUGGCUACACGAUUAGAUCUUAAGUUAAACUUUAUUCAAGAUAUAUUUCAAAAAUUUGUUUUAGGUAAUCCAAUAUUGUACAUUAAAUAUUUCCAGAAUAUAUUUAACAACUCUGUUAAACACUUCAUUGGUUUAAGAGGUGAUUCAAGAUAUUCUACAACUUUAAAUAAUGACAGAAUACCACAAAUAUCCACUAACAAAUUAUUUAAAAGUAUUCAAAAAUGGAGUUCUAUUCAUUCUUACUUUUUAUCAUUUUCAUGGUCAGUCCCAAACUCUAUAGAAAUAUUAGGUGGUUUCUAUAAAUUCACCUUAAGUAACUGUGAAUCUUUAAUGUUUCAAGUGUUUCGCAGAUCAUCUUAUUCUAUCAGAGGUAGUAUAGUAGACAGUCUGAUAUUAUGUAUGUCUAUCUAUUCAGUUAUGUAUAAUCAAAAUAUAUCUCCAGUUCUUAUUCAAAAUUAUAGUAUUGAUAAACUCCAAAAUUCUUUGAAUAUAAAGAUUGGGACAUGGAUUCCUACUAAAAUUGAGUGGAUGAGAGCUAUAUAUGUGGUACUUGAGUCUAGGUUAAGAGUAAUUCCUAGUAUUUCAAAUUCUCAAUUACUUAGUAAUGCAAUAUCAGAGGAUAUUUUCAUGUGUCAUUUCUUGAUUUCUAAAUACAUGCAUGGAUUACUGCUAGUUGACAAAUUCAGAAAAGCUUUAGAAAUGCAGCAAAUUCAAUAUUUAGUAUCGGAUAAUACUUUUAUUUUUAGUCUAUGUUCAAAUAUUUUUAUGGGGGCACAUGCUACAAAAGAAGAAGUUAUAGAAUUAAUUUUAAUAUCUACAGUUGUUGAGGCAAUUAGGCAAUUUGGUUUUAGUCCAGAUUUUCAAAAGAUAAGGGAAAUUAUAAAACAACGAAAAAUUGAAUUUGCAGAGAAUAAAAAAAGUCAAGGAUCUAUUCCAGAAGCAGGCGUUAUUCUUGAAAGUAUUACUUCCUACUAUCCUCAAAAGCUUAGGAAUGUUAUGUUAAAAGCCCUGAGUGAAAAUCUUGGAUUGCAACAUCAACCUCCGUAUUAUAUUAGAGCUUUAUCAUUUCUUAAGCAAUCUUUAACUCAGAAUGGUUGUUCCAGCCAUGAAGUUUUUGAUUUCUCUUAUUUAUCUCCCAAUGAAUCUUUGGAAUAUUCAUCUAUUUCAUCUAGUAAAUUCAAAUAUUUGGUGAAUUCCUGUUUAUCAUGGAAAAAUUAUGGCUAUUUUAAUCUUAUUUCUUGUACAAUGGCUCUAGUUCAUGCAAAUCUUUGUUCUACAUUGCAGCUUGCUCUAUCUACAUCUGUGAGUGUAGCUAGACAGUUAAAUUGGCCUGAUGAACUUAUAUAUCUUGUUUUAUCUGUUGAUAAUAUACUUGAGAAAUCAAAUCCAACAAAAUUACAAAUGAUUAAUUUUCUUAAGCAGUAUAUAAAUACAUAUCAUUUAUCAACUUUUGAAAAUAUUAAACAAGAACUUUUGCUUGUACAGCGAAAUUUGGGACAUAUGGAAUAUGAAUUAGCUAAUCCUACACAGCCAGAUCAAAUUGUUGAGUUAUCUUUGAGUGAAAAUAAUUUCAGUGAGGAUAGCUCACAAACACAGGCAAAUGUAGAUCUUCAUAUUGCAAUGGGGCUCUGUUCAAGUAUAUCCAAAUCUGGAAUAGAACUUUGGAAUCAUAGAGUUAACUUUAUAAACAAGUUUCAGGAAUAUAAAGUAAUAAAAAGUGUAGAAAAUAAAGAUCAGAUUCCUAGUGUUGAUUCAUACAUAGAUAAUCUUGAUCUACUAGCAGCACCUCCCACUUUUACAUCUUAUAAUAUACAAAAGCUGUUUAGUAAUCUUCAAAUUAUGAAGUCUCUUUGUUUCCAUAAACCUCAAGGAGCUUUUAUAUGUGAUAUAAAUACUAAUUCAGGAUUACCAAAGUUAAUAGUUAGUAAUCCAAACGACAUUGCUACGCUUGGGACAAUUUCUAUAAUGAUCCCACCUCCUGGUAUCCAGGUUCAGUCUUCAAUUACUCUGGAAGUUGCUAAUCCACCUUCCUAUGCAUCUGUGUGGACAAAGAUUACUCCUAAAGGCAAUCUUAAUCUUUCAAUAAUUCUAAGUACCACCUGGAAAUCAGAUUUAAUUAAAUAUGAAACUUUAUCAACCAUGUAUUUUCCUUAUAGUGGGUUUUAUAUUCGUUUAAUACCCCCGGUAUUUAGAAUUACGAUUAAUAAUAUAGAUUCUUCUGUAAGUAAAAGUGGUUCAAAUGAAAAUAUACAGCUAUUAGAAGGUUCAUUAUCUAAUUUAGAUAGAUCAUUAUCAGGUAUUGGAGAUAAAUCAUUAAAAAAUGAGAUAUCUGAUUCUAGUAAAUUACUAGAGAAUUUUGAAAAUAAGAAAGAAGUUUCUGCUUCUUUAUCAUCAUCUUCAUUCUAUUUAUAUUCUCCAUCACCUGAUUCACCUCAUACUAGCGUCGAAGAAUCAACUUCCGUUUUAUCAGGAUCUAAAUCUACAGUUCUUCCAGGUAUAUGGCAUGAACAUUUGGGGUAUAUUACUUUUAAGCAAGUUUUAGAUUUUAUUGAUAUAUUAAUGAAAAUUUCUAAUUUAAAAAUUUCAGUAGAAUCUGUGGUUUUAAAUGUAUUAUGGACCUUGAUUGCAUCUCUUGUCUCUUUUUGGUCUGUAAAUGUGAGCCAUUGUAAAUUGAAUUGGAGUGUAUUAUAUAUUUAUACUGGGAGCUUAACGAUAAAAAAAUUUUUAUUCCAAAGACUCUGGCAAAGUAUCUUAUUAAAUUCUAAAGAUGUCUCCAAAAUCAAAAUUAACGCUGUCGAAUAUAUAGCAAAUUUUCUUCAAUCAAAGCUUUCUCCAACUAUGGUUAGACUCUCAGAUCUGGGGAGUGCUGAUCUAAAAUCUCAGGAAUCUUGCAAUGAUAAAGAUAUUAUUUUACAAAUGGCAAGGAAUCUUGCAAGUAAGAUCAAAAACUUUGAAAAUUUAGUAACUAAUGAUAUUGCAACAACAUGCCAAAAUAUUGCACAAAUAGAACCAAAAAAAGUCGAUUGCAGUAAAUUGGCUUGGGGGGAUGAGUAUAGGAAUUAUCCUGAAGAUCUUUAUGAGUGGCCAGUAAUAGAUACCCCAAUUAUAGCUCCUGAAACAAAAAUAGUUAAACUUAAUGUUACCGAAACAAUGGAUUCUAAAUCAGAAAAUUCCAGGAUUUAUACUAAUAAUAGUCCAAAUUCUCCUAUUCCAUUAGUACAAGAACUAAGUAGUCCAAAUUCUCCUAUUCCAUUAGUACAAGAACUAAGUAGUCCAAAUUCUCCUAUUCCAUUAGUACAAGAACCAAGUAGUCCAAAUUCUCCUAUUCCACUUGUACAGGAGUCAAAUACUAAUAAUCCAUAUUCCCCUAUUCCAUCCGUAAAAGAUUCCAGUAAUCAAUAUACUAUAUUCAAUGUAGAUGAUAGCUCUCCUAACCCACUUAAAACGAAUAAUGAUAAUUCACCUGGUGUAUAUGGUACAAGCUAUCAAUCUCUAAUUGAGUCAAAUCAAUAUAGUCAAUCGGCUGUCCCUGAUAAUAGUGCUAAUAUUGCUAAACUAACUCCUCAAUUAACUCCGCCAGAGGUUCCAUCAAAGUCUACGGAAGAUCUCUCUAAAUACUUUACAAAUAAUGCAUUACCUUCGGGAGAGGUUCAGAACUAUCCGGAAUAUACAAAAAUAUAUAAGGACAAAACAAUAGAAUCAGAUUCUAUCUAUUCAGCAGAAGACUUAAAUGAUUUAGUUUUAGCUCAAGUUAGUACUAAAGAUUUAUUACAGCUUCCAAUAUUCCCUAAAUUAGAUAUAAGGUUAUCUGAGCAAAAUAAGUAUGAAAUAAUGCAACUUCAAGCAGCUAUAAAUCCUUUUGCUCUUAAUCUUUUAAAACAAUUAACUUUAUGGUCUUCUGAAAAAUCAGGUAAACAUCCAGCUAAUGUACCCAAUACAAGCAUAAAACCUUACUUUCUAUUUAUACCUCCUACUCCUAAUAAUAUACCUGACUCCAUUCCAAAACUAACGAAAUAUUUCAUGAUAGGUGAAGAAGUUCUCCUGUUUACUCUACAACAAUUGCAGAGGCUUGAACUAAUAGAGGAGAAAAAAAUUAGUGAUAUUAGUAAUGUAAAAAUAAGCAAGGCUAAUCUUGCAAUAAUGAAAAGUGCACAAAGUUUACAUAAUAUUCACAUCACUGGAACUUCAAAAACUUCAGUUAAUCCAUAUACUAGUCCACAUCAAUAUGCAGAAGUAAAUAUAGGGUUAGGGACUUAUGUAUCGUCAGAAAAUAAAGAUAUAUCUCCUGUAUCAGGCUUUAAUCAGGGAAUUGAUCAAGCAGGGCAUCAUAUUAACUCUCCACAAAAUAAUUUUGGAACUCAUAUUUUGACUUCUGAUGAAGUGACGCAUCCUACAUAUUCAACUUCUAACUUGUCUCCAGAUCUUAAAUAUGAUGGAUCACCCAAUCUUCCAACUUCAUCUGGAUUUGAACCUUCUUCAUUUUCAUAUUCAGAAGGUAUACAGUCCCCUGUAGAACAAAGCCCAUCAUCUCAAAAUACUAUGUAA